GCGGGGUAGUGCUAGCCAUAGUUUAGAUUUUCGAGUUUUCUCGCGUGCUCCCCUUUUGUGGAUGCCUGUGUUUUGCGUUACUAUUUUCGACCAUGGAAGUCGAAAAUCGGAACAUAAAGCAGGAAGCAAACAAUGGAGCCGACGCCGGUGGGAUUGAAGGAGCGGAGGAUGGUAGUGUGAAUGAAAUUGCCAACAACGAGCACGAGAUCCAAGAGGAAGAGAUGAUGCAUGCCCAUACGAAAACUAUCUACAGCCUCAAUAUGAACGUGUGUCGCCUUUGCCUCGCAGAAGGACACGGCCAACUGCAGCCAGUUUUCUACGCGCAGGAUACGCCGGACGAAAUCUUGCAGCAGAAAAUACUGGAGCUAACUACUGUAGAGAUCACUUAUGCCACCGAUUUUCCUACUGGUGUGUGCAUCGAUUGCCUAGCAAAAUUAGACGAGUAUUCUCUCUUUCGGCGCCAGUGUAUAGACAACAAUGAAAUACUAAAACUCAAAUACUACGAGCUGAAGGCGGUUGAGGAAAGCUACUGUAAGCAGGAAGAAGACGAGAUCGCAUCACUUAGAGAACAUCACAACAGCAAUAGGGUGAGCAGCACCUCGACGAAGCUGCCGUUGGUGAAGAAAGAGGAAGGAUUCGUCGAAGUCGAGAGUACUACUGCGGAAGACGUGCGUAAUCGAACAGGUGGAAGUAGGGGAGAAAGUGGAGAAGAUAUGGGCGCCGAAAGGCAACAUCCAGAAGCCCCGUCCACAUUUGUGCCAUUUCUGGAGGAUGGUGCUGGGGGUGAGAUUAUAAUCGGCGAGGGGAAUGACAACGAGGAGGAAAACGGUGGCCGAGAGCGUUUGGUGACCGCUGGAACGAAGAUACAGUACGUGUGCGAAGAUGGGACAAUGGCGGAGUACGUAACGUCGGGGGCGAUUGUGCGCCGGGAAAGUGUUGGGCCAAUGAUGGAGGAAGACCCACAGGAAGGUCAUGAAAUUUACUAUACGGUUGGAUCGGAUACGUACGCAAUCCAGGCGAACAUUCAGGCAGGUUAUCCGAAUGCGACAAACUUCGUUCCGCCGGAAUUUGAGAAUCAAACCGAGAUUGAAUGUACCACCGUAGAGGAGCAUCUUCCCGAGGAGUACGUCGAGCUGGAGCAGCAGCAGCAGCAGCAACACCAGCAACAGCAGCAAAUCAGUGGUACGGUGACAACAGGCAUGCCGACCGUUUCCGCCACAGUCGUCACCUCCAGGGGUCUGCACGAUCGGCCCUUCGUUUGCAAGCACUGCAAAACGAGCUUCAAGUACGAGCACAACUACGAUCGCCACAUGAAAAACCAUGCCAAGGUGCUCUACCGGUGUAGUAAAUGCUCGAAAACGUUCGUGAAGCUGCGCAAGUGUCAGCAGCACUUUGUUAAAGCGCACUCCUCGCAGCGGUACGAGUGCGACAUAUGCUUUCGCACGUACAGUUUACCGACGCGACUGGAAAACCACGUUAUCGAGAUGCACUCCGUCAACGGGGUUUAUACCUGCGUUCGCUGUGAGGGCGAAAUGUUUUCUUCCUAUCUCGACUUCAAGGCACACCGGAUGCGCUAUCAUCCAAGGACAAAUGACAGUGCCGGUGGUGUUGGUGGCGGAGCAGACACCACGGUGCCCACGAUCAUCAAACAGACGGCUUACGGUGACGUGGUUCACAUGCAGGAAGUGCUAACGCUCAACCCGCAAACGAUUGACUCCUCCGUCAGUCCCUCCCCGAGCUCGGAUGGUUGCGAGUUGGAAGAGGACCGGCUUCCGGAAGAUUCGUUGGCUAACGUGAAAUGCACGAAUAUGUCACCCAUUGAAACGAGGAAGCGAUCGAGUCGCGGAGCCCCGACUUCGACCACAACGCAACGAACACGGCGCGCGAAUGGUCGCAGUGCAAAAGGGACACAACGCGGAAUCUCAACACCACAGAAACUCCUGUCAGCACCUGUCCAGCAGGAGGUGAUUCUGAUUGACGACGACGAACAACACCACUCCAUCAAUAACUCCCAGGACUCCAAGAGGCCUUCGCGAGGUGGAUCGGUAGUAAUGCUGCAUACAAACGGUGGCGCGGUCGAUACCACAGCUAAUGCAAGUGCGGCCGUUCAUCGGGAGCUCCUGCAACAGAUCGAGGAAAGCGAAGCGAAAGCCUCCGGUCCGAAGGUGUAUCCGUGCAAAAGCUGCGAGAAAACGUUCGUCCAUCUGAACAACCUGAAAGCGCACGUCUAUGCCGAGCACGACAAUGACAAACCGUUCAAGUGCAAGCAGUGUCCGAUUUCGUUCAAAACGAAAGAGAUUCUGGUGAUGCAUAUGCUGCUCCAUACGCAAAACAACAGUGCAACCUAAUCCCGAUAGCCGGUCCUACCCAGCAUCCAUAUAGUGACCUAUUAUUAUGUGCCAAGUUAAUCUAACAAAGAGGAAGAGUAGCUGGAAUGGUAUGAUAAGGCGAUCCACAUACAUCCUAGGCGUCGAAAAGCGGCCAUUUUUGUAGUAAUCGUUCAUCCAUAUUGGAGUUGAACAUAUUGGAAACUGAUAGAUUUCAACUCAGCGUACCAGAGAGCGGAUAUGCGUGAAGCGUAUAGACAAGGAUAAUAGUAAGAGAUAGAGCUUCCCUGUAUCGUAGGAAUAGUGAAUGUCUGCAUAUCCACCUACUUAAGAAAAGUAUCCUCUUUUCAAUUUAUUACCACUUUUGGUGCUUUCAUUUCUAGGACAUGAAAAGGGAAAAGGUAUACUUGAUCCUCAUUCAAUGAGGCCAACGUAGAACACUCCUCCGAACCGUUUGAGCGUUUGUCUCUGUCGGCGGUGAUGGUUUCUAGUUUGGUUUUUAGUGUAACAUUAGGUGUAUUCAUCACAUUGUGGCCUUCCAGAUGUUGUUUUAUGCUCAAAACUUUCCACCCUUGUCAUGCUAUUCAUGUUUUGUGCAAUAUAGCCGAAACGUUCAAGGAAGGAACUUUACCGAUUAGAAUGAAGAAGAAGAGCCGUUUACCGAUGACCUGUGAGCAUAUUGUGUCUUUUGAUUAUUAUUAUUAUUAUCGUAACUAGGUGCUUCCGUACGCAUAAACUGAUUGCUUAAUGCGCCAUAUAUGUUCUUCGAAGGAAUGUAGGAGUGUAAGUGAAAAAAAUCUCGCUUAGGUUGUAAUCUGCUCCUGUAGAAUUAGUACUUUCAUAAGAACGUUGGAGUUUUCAACUUCGUGGAAAAGAAGGGAAUACCUGUUUCAACGCAAGUAUUUUAAGAAAUUGAUUGAUUUUUCUUAUAUCUCGGCUUCGUAGGUUAUUGAUUUGAACGUAUAUUUAUUUGUUUUACGUUGUCACUUUGUUUUUAAAGCAGAUUUUCAAUGCAGAAUCAGAAGAAUGUAGGCAAGUCGAGGUAGGCGCUGGACACGUUGCAAUGAUCGGCAUAGAAAAGCAAUAUAAUCCACAACGCAAUAGCAAUAGGGAAUUGGAAAAGUUUGUCUUAAAAUAUGGUCUCAGUUGAGUAGUUAAAUUUAUUAAAACGUACAACGAAUUGUAAUAUUGUUAAUACGUAGGAAAGAGACACCUGUUGAUUUUUGGCACCACCAAGGACCAGAGUUUAGUUGUUUAGUAGAUCGGUAUUAUCGGUUGUUAACGCACAAAAGUCUUUUGACAAUAAAACAGGCGGAUAACGCUUUAUUUUCGUUUUUCUUAGCCCAACAGCAAAUGGUUAGGUUUGCCUAGUUAGUUGCAGCGAGUUUCAGGACCUAAAUUGCAGACUGCUGAGAGCGCAAAACGGCGGAAGGUCCCAUUUAAAUUCUCCGCGUGGAGAAUAAGCCAUACAAGUUGUGCAAGCGUUGUAAAGCGCAAACUUAUUAAAGAUUCCUUUAAAAACAUUAGCUUUAGCAAAUCUCCCGUGUGUAACGCAACUGAUCAGAUCAACUAUGUAAGAGGGUGGUUUGAGUGGUUCCGCUCGUACCAGUUUGAUUUUAAACAAUAUUUUAGGCUAAAGUGUAACAAAAAAUACUUCGCAGAUUUCACCACAGUUCAAACGCAAUUGGAAACCUAUUGUAGAACAUAAAAUACAAUUUAAAAAAGUGCAAAUCCUGUAUUCGCGUUUCACAGGAAUGAAGGAAGUAAAGGGAAAAGCUUGCAAAGACCAGCUAUUAAUAGAUAGAUUAGGCAGAAGAUGAUAGGGUAAUACCAGGAUACAUACAUUGAUGUCAUUUGAUGGACAUAGUAAAGCUCAACUUCAACAACUUCAACAAACGUUUCAAUAAAUUGUG